AUGCCGAAAAGGCACGCCGCUUCCGGUGAUGCCUCGUCAUCCCCGCAGAACACCAUCAAAGUCGCUAUACCGCGACAACCUCAACCCCCACCUCGUAUCAAAUUGAAAGUUCGCCCUAGAGAACCAGUCCCUGAACCAGAGGAACCUCUUGCUCGACCUAGAAGGAAGAUCUCGAGACCUGCCAGAUACCUGGACAAUGUAUGCGAACCUCUAAUCAAGAAACGAAGAACUACCACAACUUCCAACAUGUCUUUGCAGACGCCGACUUCGCCUCCUCCACGAUCGGAGUCGCUUGCAAGAUACUCAUCGGAUCCUGUCAUGCUGACUUCUACGAAACUUGUCGAUAAGAGCGACUAUGUUGACCCUAACGAGGUUCAAAACGCUGGUUACGGUGCUGACUUCUUGAACAACUUCAUCGAUGAUACUCCGCGUUCUUCUCUAUCUGCACUUGACUCGGUCAUCGGCUCGCAGAACGGUCACAAGUUGCAGUCCGACUUUCUACCAGAGUCAGAUGCAUUGCCAGAAGCUGCUGGACUGGUGCACCACACCGUUGCGGAACUUACCAGUGAAUCGCCAUCACACUAUACCAAAGACACACAGAGCCCACUCAUCUUGUCGAGUUCAUUCUCUUUCCCACAGCAGCUCGACAGUCCGGAAGUUUGUGUCGAAAAGCUCUACAACGCCUGCCAUGCUCUGAAAGGCUUGACCAUACCACCUGUCAUACCACAGCGUCACGUACCAUUACCUACAACUUGGCUCAAGGGUAAACCGGAGAGUGUACCUUUCAGCGAUGAAGAUAUGGAUCGCUCUGAUGAAGGCAACGGUGCACACGACAGCGUUGAAGCUCUACUGGCUGCUGCCGCUGGGUGUGAUCAAGACGCAGACAAUCAAACAACCGAUAAUGACGAAGCAUAUGUCGGACAGCCAGACGAAGAUGUCCUUCUUCUCAUCAACAAAGCCAUCGAAAUUCUACGUCAUCACAUUGUUUAUAUUCGCGGACUUGAAGUCAGCCAGGAACGUUCGUCCGGCCGAGCGAAGCCCUUUAGAAAGAACAAAUGGAACACUGGUGCCGAGCAACUAGCUCUAUCUACACUUGAGCCAUUGCUGUAUGGUGGUGCAACAAAUAUCGGAUGUUUGAUUCCGAGCGAGCGUGCAGAUUUGCUGUGGCAGCUGUACUCGCAGCUGACACAUCUUGUCACUGCACCUCACAAGGCUCUGGCCAGGGCACAGAAGCCGGCCACAAAAGACAUGAAUGCACAGUACCGCGCUGUUGACCCUCCGAAGAAACGUUCGCUUCAACCGCGCAGAGGAAAAGUCGCCAAAAUUCCCCAGCCGCACAAAUUCCUGUCUCGCCAGAAGAAUCCGAGUUAG